AUGUCAUAGCGCAUCAAGUCACACCACGCCACCCUGUCCUCCUCUCCCCCUCCUCGCUAUCUAGAGAUCCGCUGCUUUGGUUUGGACGGGGGAAAUCCUUAACUGAAUUGCGUCAUAAAUACGUCAAUAAACUCUCAUUCACUGACGAUCAGGUAACACGGUAGCCGCCAUAUUCGCAUCUAUGGCAGGGUAGUGGUGUACUCUGUGAGCGUAUGGUCCAGUCAUCGGCAUCAACUAUUCCCCACACCGACCCCCCGAUCCCAUCCUGAUCCCAUCCCGCAGCCACACAGCUUGCAUCUGAUCAUCAAAGCAGAACGGCCGGACUUCCACAGAGGGGAAGCCAUGCAACGUGGAGCGGGGGUCUAGGUGGACUACGAUGUCUUAGACUUAGAGAGAAAUCCUGGCACAAGAUGGAGGUAAACAGCGUUAGUAGUGAGGUCAAUGGACAUCAGAUCAUGGAUGAGCCCAUGGAGGAGGGAGAGUCUUUCUCACACUGUGAUGACGGGACAUAUAAGGAGAUUCCUAUCACCCACCAUGUGAAAGAGGGCUGUGAGAAAGCUGAUCCAUCUCAGUUUGAACUGCUCAAAGUCCUCGGCCAGGGCUCUUUUGGCAAGGUAUUUCUUGUCAGGAAGAUCCUGGGUCCAGAUGCUGGUCAGUUAUAUGCAAUGAAAGUUCUAAAAAAGGCAUCUUUGAAAGUCAGGGACAGAGUUCGCACUAAGAUGGAGAGAGACAUUUUAGUGGAAGUCAAUCAUCCCUUCAUAGUGAAAUUGCACUACGCCUUUCAGACAGAAGGGAAACUGUAUUUAAUACUGGACUUUCUCAGGGGAGGGGAUGUAUUCACUCGCUUAUCCAAAGAGAGAGUAAAUGUGUCCAGUUCUUAUCAGGUUAUGUUUACAGAGGAAGAUGUGAAAUUCUACCUUGCAGAGCUGGCCCUGGCCCUUGACCAUCUGCACAACCUGGGCAUAGUUUACAGAGAUCUCAAGCCAGAGAACAUCUUACUUGAUGAAGCUGGACACAUUAAGUUAACAGACUUUGGUUUGAGCAAAGAGUCAGUGGAUGCUGAUAAGAAGGCGUAUUCCUUCUGUGGUACGGUGGAGUAUAUGGCCCCUGAGGUGGUCAACAGGAGAGGACAUACACAGAGUGCAGACUGGUGGUCUCUGGGAGUACUUAUGUUUGAGAUGCUAACGGGGACAUUACCAUUCCAAGGGAAAGACCGUAAUGAGACCAUGAACAUGAUUCUCAAAGCUAAGUUGGGAAUGCCCCAGUUCCUAAGUUUGGAAGCCCAGAGUUUGCUGAGAAUGCUGUUUAAACGAAACCCUGCUAACAGACUAGGGGCCGGGCCCGAUGGAGUGGAGGAGAUCAAACGCCACGCUUUCUUUUCCACCAUCGACUGGAAUAAACUGUACAGGAGAGAGCUCCAGCCCCCUUUCAAGCCUGCAGCAGGAAAACCAGAUGACACGUUCUGCUUCGACCCAGAGUUUACCGCUAAAACACCUAAAGACUCCCCAGGUAUCCCGCCCAGUGCUAACGCCCACCAGCUCUUCAAAGGCUUCAGUUUUGUUGCUCCAACCCCUAUGGAUGAGAACAAGAGCUCCCCACUGCUCAGCAUACUCCCUAUAGUUCAGAUGCACGGGGGCUCGGCCAAGUUCUCUGAUCUGUACGAGCUGCAAGAGGACAUAGGGGUUGGCUCUUACUCCAUUUGUAAACGCUGUGUACACCGAGUCUCUGCCAUGGACUAUGCUGUGAAGAUUAUAGACAAAAGUAAGAGGGACCCCUCUGAAGAGAUCGAAAUCCUGAUGCGAUAUGGACAGCAUCCCAACAUCAUCACUCUGAAAGACGUGUAUGAUGAGGGCAGGUAUGUUUACCUGGUGACGGAGCUAAUGAAGGGAGGGGAGCUACUGGAUAAGAUCCUCAGGCAGAAGUUUUUCUCUGAGAGGGAGGCCAGUGCUGUGCUCUACACCAUCACCAAGACUGUUGACUACCUCCACUGCCAAGGGGUGGUACACCGUGACCUGAAGCCCAGUAACAUCCUGUAUAUGGACGACUCGGGGAAUCCUGACUCUAUCAGGAUCUGUGACUUUGGAUUCGCCAAGCAGCUUCGGGGGGGCAAUGGCCUUCUCCUUACCCCCUGUUACACCGCCAACUUUGUGGCACCAGAGGUACUAAUGCGUCAAGGUUAUGAUGCAGCCUGUGAUAUAUGGAGUCUUGGAGUUCUACUGUAUACGAUGCUGGCAGGGUACACGCCGUUUGCUAAUGGGCCAAACGACACACCAGAGGAGAUUUUACUCCGAAUAGGGUCUGGAAAGUUCUCUCUGACAGGUGGUAACUGGGAUACUGUAUCGGACACCUCAAAGGACCUGCUGUCCCAUAUGCUCCACGUGGACCCUCACCAGCGAUACACAGCAGAGCAGGUUCUAAAGCAUUCCUGGAUCACCUGCAGAGACGCGCUCCCACACUUCCAGCUCACACGCCAUGAUGCACCACACCUCGUCAAGGGAGCCAUGGCUGCCACCUAUUCAGCACUGAGCCAGAAGACAAGUCAGCCGGUGUUAGAGCCCGUGGCAGCGUCCAGUCUAGCGCAGAGACGCAGCAUGAAGAAACUCACCUCAACAGACAUGUAGACAAACACCGCUCGCCCUCCAGUCGUGACCUCACUCUCAGUCGGACUCUCAUACGCAAACGCAGAUGCGCACACACACAGACCGAAGUCCUGGCCAGUCAGACCUACUGUCUCCCUUUUUAACCUAUUUAUUUAACAUGCCCAAGAUAUGCACUCACACCCACCUUACAUGCACGCACACACUGGACGAGGAUGCAUUGUGAAGAAGUCAGCUGAAGAGGAAGAGGGGAAACUCACAUAUCUGUUACUGCUGGGGAGACAGACUUGUAUUUAUUUCCACAGCUUUCAUAUGCACUUGCCCUCCUCGCCUUUCAUUCUUUCUUCCUCGUAUGUGGAAGAAACGCACCAGCUGAUGUUCUCCUUCACUGUGAUUGGCUGAUUCAGAGCUGCUUUGGUAAACUGUGGCCCCCCCACUGCUCUUCAUCUGCGCUCUGCUAUCCUCAUCCUCCUCAGUUCUCUCUCCUUCCCUUGAUUGCUUUUGCUGUCUUAACUUCUUUCCUUCAAGUGAAGUUAUGGUUUAUGUGUGAGGGUGUUGACAUGAUGAUAUUGACUGAGGGACAUUGUAAGACUGUUUCCUCUCUUAAAGAUAAAAAGAUAUGAUUCUGCUUGUGGCGGAAUAAAAAAGUCCCUCAGAAUCAAAAUCAUCUGCCAGCACUUUUAGUAACAUAAAUGCAUGUGUGGACACGACCUGUAUUUCUUUUCCUUUAAAAUUCACCGCCUGACUCAUGUUACUUUGUGACGCUAACGGUGUAUCAAAAAAGGUAAAAUAAGCUGCAGAUGAACGAAAGAUAAUGUCUAGAGUUCAAAGGUGAAACAAUGUGGUAUCGAUAACAGAAAUUUUAGUUUGCAAACAAUAUAUAUAUAUAUUUUAUAUAUAUAUAUUAUAUAUAUUAUAUAUAUUAUAUAUAUAUAUAUUAUAUAUAUAUAUAAAUAAAUAAAUUUAAAAAAUAUGAUUAUGAUGAUGAAGAUGAAGAGCAUGUGGGGGAGCUGUAGGGAUUUCUCUGGGGGGGACGGGACGCACCCCGUCAAACCAGAGAGGCUGAAUUUUAGAAAAAAAAAAAGAAAAAAAAAUUUCCAUGGAUAUCUCUUCAAAAAGACAUUGUGGAAAUUGUAUGAUAUUGUAUUUAUUUCAUUUGAUUUUUAAGAUUCUAUUUUUCUUUCAAGUUCUGUAUAUAUUGACAUUAAAGAUCAUUAUU